ACAGAGAGGAUUUAGCUAUGAACCUCAUGAAUGUAGCUGGCAAUAAGCACUAAUCCAUCUGAUCCAAGGUCACCAUAGGUCCCAGAAGUCCAAGACUUCGGAGGCCAGGAAAGGAGUCUAUCCCACGGACUAGAGCUGAGAGGUUUGGAAGACUCGCCCAGUCUACGGAAUUUCCACUAGCUUUCCCCCCUCCUUUUCUUUCAACAGAGAUCUCAAGAAAGGACAAUAAUUUCAUGAGACAUGACAGAGGCUACUGAGCCUGCGGUUAGGGACCUCACUCCCCAGGAGAAUGCAGAACCCCCUGCACAGUUGGAAAAGGGAAUCGGAGAACUGGGGCCUGUUACUGGGGCUAAAGAGGAGGAACAGGGGACGGAGGUAAAAGACAGUGAGGACAAGCAGUAUUCCGAAGAUGCUACUGGAGACGGGGCGGGAGCAAUUGCCCCAGUCGAGACUCCCAAGGAGGUGAGGGAGGAAGCAGGAGCAACAAUUGGCCAAGGAGACCAGAAGGAAGGUGACGGAAGUGGAACCCUGACGCCAAGUGACUUGGAAGAGGAUACACAGAAAAAACACGAAGACAAAAUAAGUGUACCUCCCGAGAACGUAGAGGAUCAAAAAGAACAGCAAAAAGAGGGAAAGGAAGAGAGGAGUGAAGUACAGGACGAUGUAGAAGGAAAGACAGUCUGCCAGGAAAGGAGAUGGGAGCUGGAGGACUGCGGCAACACUGAGCUCCAAAGGCAAGAGGAGAGCCACGGAGCAGCCAAAGGAGCCCAGGACCCGGGAGACCCGGAGCCAGAGGCAGAGGUAGGGGCGGAGCACAACGCUGGGGGUGAAGCAGCAGCUGUAACUACAGCAGCAGCAGCGGGAGCAGCUUCCCAGGAAACCGUCCAGGGAGGCGUGAAGCUGUUACAACCCGAGGGAAAGCUAGCAGAACCUGGAGCUGGGAUGGAUGUAGAGGACCCGGAAAGAGGGGAGGCGAAAGAACGAAAAGAUAGAAAUUCUGAAAAUGGAGAGAGCUACGAAGGAGAAGAAAACAGUCCUGUGCACCGAAUGGAGCUUGUAGAUUCAACGGCAUUGGAGCAGCAGGAAGAAGCCGAAGAGCAACGGAACCUUGAGGAAAGGGGCAGUUUGACAGAUGAUGCGCGGGAAAAUGAGGCGCUCCAAGGUACACGUUAUGCCGAGAAUACAGAAGUUGAAUCUGCAGAAGGACUGGCAGAAGAGGAAAGCGGAGGACCGGAAAAUGUAAAGGACUCCGCCGCCGAAGGGGAUCCUAGAGAAGCCGGGCAGGUGGAAUGUGAAAGUCUUGGUGCCAACAGGGAUGUCCAGGAAGAAGCCCUGGAAGAGGGGAAAGAAAAUUGGGAUGAGGAACAACCUAACGUAGAAGUCAUGGUCCAAGGGGAGGAAGAAAACCUUGAUGGAAGCCCACAGAAGGAGGAAGAAAACGAGACUACUUCAGAGAAAAAGUUAGAGACAGAGCUGAGUAACCACCUGUCGGAGACGAGCUCCGAAGAUGCCCCUGCUGAAACCGAGACAAAUGCACUAGAGGAAGGGCUGAACGGCCCGGGAGAGGAAGGAGAAAUAUACGAGGAGGAGGCUUCAGGAGACAGAGCUUCAGCACCCCCACUGGCCCUGGGGAACGAACAUGACAUUUCCCUUUUUGUCAAGGCUGGUUAUGAUGGUGAGAGCAUUGGAAAUUGCCCAUUUUCUCAGCGACUCUUUAUGAUACUUUGGCUAAAAGGUGUUAUAUUUAAUGUUACAACAGUGGACUUGAAAAGAAAACCCGCAGACUUGCAGGAUCUGGCUCCUGGAACAAACCCACCUUUUAUGACUUUUGACGGAGAAGUAAAGACAGAUGUGAAUAAGAUCGAGGAAUUCUUAGAAGAAAAAUUAGCCCCACCAAGGUACCCUAAGCUUGGAACCCAACACAUGGAAUCAAACUCCGCAGGAAAUGAUGUAUUUGCAAAAUUUUCUGCAUUUAUAAAAAAUACCAAAAAGGAUGCCAAUGAGAAUUUGGAAAAAAAUCUGAUAAAAGCUUUGAAGAAACUAGAUAAUUACUUAAAUACCCCUCUGCCUGAUGAAAUUGAUGCCUAUAAUUCAGAAGACAUCACUGUUUCCAACAGGAAGUUCCUCGAUGGGAAUGAACUCAGUUUAGCAGAUUGUAAUCUUCUACCUAAGCUCCAUAUCAUUAAGAUUGUGGCCAAGAAAUACAGGAAUUUUGAGUUUCCCUCUGAAAUGACUGGCCUUUGGAGAUAUUUAAACAAUGCCUACACUAGAGAUGAGUUCACAAAUACCUGCCCUGCUGACCAGGAGAUUGAGUAUGCAUAUUCUGAUGUGGCGAAAAGGAUGAAGUGACGCCAUAAUCUCUUCUGGUUUUCUUUAGAGAUGGAAAUGGAUCAAGUGGUGCACCAAAAAAACGUUUUCCUGUUUUGUUUUUAGGUUUUGCCAAUGGCCAAUCCUUUAAAAAAAAAAACCCAAAACCAAACUUGUAGUGUGAUCUGCUCAUUGUAAAAUAGCAUGCAUGCAUUCUACUUGUCCCUAUAGACCCAAUAUCCAUUGAUGUGAAAUACACACCCUUGUCCAACUCAAUAUUAAUAACGGGCUGUUAUAAUCUUUGGUUUAGGAUAGCAUAUUUUAGUGGUUUCACUUUCAAAGCAAAGAUAUGUUAUGGUUAAAAUUGUUGCUUGAUUUUUUUUUUUAUUUUUCAUUUUUCUCUCUCAGACAUUUUUAGCUGUCAUUAUCUUAUAUCUUGAUUUCUCACAACUGAAAUGUCAAUUUAAGUGAAAGGAACAGCUGAAGGUUACUUUUGCCAAACCCCUUGACAAUUGUCCAUGGAAGAACUUAAAAAAAAAAUUAUUCAUGGAAUUUGAGAGUUCAAAGGGACCUUAGAGAUUUCUUAGUCUGACUCUAUCAUUUUACAGAGGAGGAAAACUAAGCCCCACAGAGUGUAAAUGAUUUGUUCAAGGCCAAACAGCUCACUCAUGUCAUAUCAGGAAUUAGAAGCCAGGGCUUCCAGCUCUGGUUUCUACUAUGUUAGGAUGUUCCUCCACUGUAUCAAACUGUCUUUUGACUCAAGGUGUUAAAGGGUUGAAGAAUAGUUCGAGAAGUGAAAAUAAAUCUUCUAUAUACAAACUCAUUCCUUACUUUAAUGGAUUUCUUUCCUAAACCCUCUCAUUUCACCUUCCACAAAAGCAUUAAGACUCAAUCUUGGCUUAAAUUUGGGAGAAAAUUUCCAGAAGACAAAGGGGCCAGAUGUGGAAUUUUAAUAGCACCUCUUCUCCUCCCACUUUUUAUUCUUAGGGACAGACUUCUCAGUUUUUCAAGAGUUGAUUGUUCCGUGUAUGAAUUAGGUAUUCUUAAAGUACUUGAGUUACUUCCCUAUCUCUUAGUACCUUCCCUAGACUCACACAGUUCAGUUUGGCUACUUUUCAGCAGUUUGGGGAAAUGGAAAAUGUUGACUAAAAAGAGGGUUUCUAGUUUUAUUGACACCAUAUCUGUACUCAACAAUCAUAAGCUACUGUAUUAUUGGCUAGGAAUUGGAAAGACUUUUGGAAGUGGAGACAAAGCUUCUAAUUAGUUACAUGAGAGAUUCCUUAUAUAAUGAGAAUUGACAGAAAACAAAACCAUAAAUUAUUUGAAGGAACUUUGGUGACUCUCUAUUUUGACCCCCUUAUGGGGGGAGGAGUGGAGUGGGGGGAAUGAAUAAAAACUGAGGCCUAGAGAGGGAAGGUGAGUGUUCUAAGGCUAUAAUAAAAUUGUCUCAGCCGAGGUAUAAAUUGUUGUCUAUUGGGAUAUAUCUCUGUCACAUCAUAUAAAGUUUUCUAUUUAUAUAUCCUGCACACAUGUUAUGGAAUUCACAGAAGCUUUAUUGAAACAUACAUUACAGAUAUAAAUGUCUAAAGCAAAAACUUGGUUUCAAAGGAACAAAACACUCAUGAAGCAGAGACUACUUUCUUUUCUUUAUUCAUUGGAUUAUUAUAGUUAAGUUGAGAGAAAGGUCAUGUAUUCCUUAGACAUGAACCUCUGGAACUCCAGUGCCUAGUUCAUGUUGUAAUUGUCAGUGGUGUCAAUGAGAACAAAAUCUGAAUUUCUUACUCUAUCUUUUUCUCUUUUUAGGAAUUACUUUAACUUAAGUGCUAUGAUACAAUCUUUUAGGUAAUAGAGAAAUAGUAUAUGAAUGUUGUAGAAGUAAUAUCAAGAGCUAAAGAUUUUUAGUUCUAGACACAGAACAUCUAUGUACUCUUCAUGUGCCUUAAAAUUAAAUUGAUUGUAAAAAUUCAUAAAUUAAACUAAUCUUUCUACUGAC